UCGGCAAAGGAAGGAGUGAGGGAAACAAAGGCAUGAAAUCUUUGUUGGGAGGAAAGGGCGCGAAUCUUGCUGAGAUGGCGAGCAUCGGGUUGUCGGUGCCACCUGGACUCACCAUCUCCACAGAGGCAUGUCAAGAGUAUCAGCAAGUAGGUAAGAAGCUUCCAGAAGGAUUAUGGGAUGAAAUAAUCGAAGGUUUGAAUAUUGUGGAGAAGGAUAUGGGAGCUUUUCUCGGUGACCCAGCAAAGCCUCUUCUCCUCUCAGUUAGAUCUGGUGCUGCUGUAAGUUGUUUCUCCUUUCUUCUCGAUUUGCCAAUCACGUGUUUUGCAUGGUAUUUGGAAACAUGGGAAAUACCUCAAGGAACAGGUGUUCUCUUAUUAAGGAAUCCUAGUACCGGCGAAAACAAGCUCUAUGGGGAAUUCUUAAUUAAUGCUCAGGGAGAAGACGUUGUGGCGGGAAUUAGAACACCGGAGGAUUUGAAUACGAUGAAGAACUGUAUGCCCGAGGCUUACAAGGAGCUCGUGGAGAAUUGUGAGAUAUUAGAGAGACACUACAAAGAUAUGAUGGACAUUGAAUUCACUGUACAAGAAAAUAGGCUAUGGAUGCUACAGUGUAGAUCAGGGAAACGAACGGGUAAAGGAGCUGUAAGAAUAGCUGUGGACAUGGUGAACGAAGGUCUCGUUGAUACUCGAAGUGUGGUGAAGAUGGUGGAGCCUCAGCAUCUUGACCAGCUUCUUCAUCCGCAGUUUGAGGAUCCAUCUUCUUACAAAGACCACGUACUAGCCAAGGGAUUGCCUGCUUCUCCCGGAGCGGCAGUUGGACAGGUUGUGUUCUGUGCUGAAGAUGCAGAAACAUGGCAUGCACAAGGAAAGACUGUUAUCUUGGUAAGAACCGAAACGAGCCCCGAAGAUGUAGGUGGGAUGCAUGCAGCUGUCGGAAUUUUGACCGCUAGAGGUGGCAUGACAUCUCAUGCGGCGGUGGUGGCUCGCGGUUGGGGAAAAUGUUGUGUCUCCGGCUGCCCCGAUAUACGUGUAAAUGAAUCCGAGAAGGUGGUUUUGGUGGGAGAUAAAGUAGUUAAAGAAGGAGAUUGGAUGUCGCUUAAUGGAUCUACGGGUGAAGUGAUAUUCGGAAAACAGCCGCUUGCACCUCCGGCUAUGACCGGUGAUUUGGAGGUUUUCAUGGCUUGGGCUGAUCAAAUUAGGCGGCUCAAGGUCAUGGCAAAUGCUGAUACACCUGAAGAUGCACUUACAGCUCGGAAUAACGGAGCUGAAGGCAUCGGUUUGUGUAGGACAGAGCACAUGUUUUUUGCUUCUGAUGAGAGGAUUAAAGCUGUAAGAAAGAUGAUAAUGGCAGUAACAGUCGAACAGAGGAAGGCGGCUUUAGACUUGUUGUUGCCUUAUCAACGAGCCGAUUUCGAGGGCAUCUUUCGUGCAAUGGAUGGUCUUCCGGUGACGAUCCGACUACUCGACCCUCCACUCCAUGAAUUUCUUCCGGAAGGUGACAUAGAGCAAAUUGUCGGAGAACUAACAGUUGAUACUGGCAUGACUGAAGAUGAAGUUUAUACGAGAAUCGAGAAAUUAUCUGAAGUUAAUCCGAUGCUUGGAUUCCGUGGAUGCAGGCUUGGAAUAUCGUACCCAGAGCUGACGGAAAUGCAGGUGCGUGCAAUAUUUCAGGCGGCAAUCUUGUUGAGCAACCAGGGUUAUACAGUCCUGCCGGAGAUUAUGGUCCCUCUUAUCGGAACACCUCAGGAAUUGAGUCACCAGGUGAGUUUGAUUCGUGGGGUGGCGAAGAAAGUGUUCUCGGAGAUGGGAACCUCGUUGAACUACAAAGUUGGCACCAUGAUUGAAAUUCCUAGAGCUGCUUUAGUUGCAGAUGAGAUAGCAGUGGAGGCAGAAUUUUUCUCGUUCGGGACAAACGAUCUCACACAGAUGACAUUUGGAUAUAGCAGAGACGAUGUAGGCAAAUUUCUUCCUAUUUACUUGGCUAAGGGCAUUCUCCAAAACGAUCCAUUCGAGGUUCUUGACCAAAAGGGCGUUGGACAGCUCAUCAAAAUGGCAACGGAAAGAGGCCGUGCAGCUAGACCUAACCUCAAGGUGGGAAUAUGUGGAGAGCAUGGUGGUGAGCCUUCUUCUGUGGCCUUCUUUGCCGAAGCUGGACUCGAUUACGUCUCUUGCUCUCCUUUUAGGGUGCCUAUUGCAAGGCUGGCUGCAGCUCAAGUUGUUGUCUGAGGUGAAAAAAAUAUUGAAACACACUUUUCUGAAUUAAUGAGAUGUUGUAUAUCUAUAUAUAUGCACAUAUAUGUAUGUAUAAAUAAAAGAGAUUCUACACAGAUAAGAUUAUCCUCUGUAUUAAAAGAGGGUAAGAGUUGAAUGUAAAUGUAAAUGCAAAUUUUCAAACCAUUUCAAUAGUAUGUUAAUUACAUAAUUUUAUCA